AGGACAUUGGAAUGAUUUCAUCACACUCACUGGAUUUCGGGUGUCCAUUUUAUUGCAGCCAGUUGUUCGGGCGAAUCAACUAAACAUAGCAAGCAAAUUGAAUACUGUUGGUGCUACAUAACGUUUCUCGUUUCCGGAGUAGGCCUAGAAAAUUGUUUUGGAAAUUGAGGCCUGUUGAAAUGGCAGAUCCAGCUAUGCACAGAGAUUGCCCUCUUGACUGCAAAGUCUAUGUGGGAAAUCUGGGAAACAAUGGCAACAAGACAGAGCUGGAGAGGUCCUUUGGCUAUUAUGGGCCACUUCGCAGUGUCUGGGUAGCUAGGAACCCUCCAGGAUUUGCUUUUGUGGAAUUUGAAGAUCCAAGGGAUGCAACAGAUGCAGUGAGAGAACUUGAUGGAAGGACACUGUCUGGCUGCCGUGUGCGAGUGGAGUUAUCGAACGGUGAGAAACGCACCCGCAACCGCGGCCCUCCUCCAUCAUGGAGUCGGCGUGCACGAGAUGACCACCGUGGACGUCGUGGUAGCCCGCCCGCCAGACGCAGAUCCCCACGAAGGAGGAGCUUCAGCCGAAGCCGAAGCAGAUCUCUCUCCAGAGACAGGAAGAGGGAGAGAUCUUUGUCCCGGGACAGGAACCACAAACCAUCAAGAUCUUUCUCUCGAUCAAGGAGCCGCUCCAGGUCUACUGAGAGAAAGUAAAAAGGUGCAUGACGGUCAAGGUGAAAGGUGAAGAAUGGAGAACGUACCUCUAGCGCGUUGUUUCAUGCGACAGACUUUAAAAGCCUCUGGUCUUUUUUCUUUUUUUUUUUUAAAGCAAUCAAAUUUUAGCGGUUUAAUUUGUUUCUUUGUCAUGCAAACUGGUAUAAAAGUCCUAUUUUUUUGUAAAUAAGUGGGUAUGCAAGUUUUGUGAUAGUCAUGUUAGUGCCAAUUCAUACAGUAGUUGUCUCCAUGCACCAUUCCAUUUAUCAAUAAUUAUUUUUUAUUUUUUUGUCUGUACCAGAUCACGGAAACACUUCUGAAUAGUGUAGUGGUAAAGUCAUGUUUCCAUGUCAGCAAGAUUAGUGUCUAGAGUUAGUGGAAUGCUAUGGUCACUUAUGGUAUGUCCAUUCAUAUGUAUAAUUGUUUUCUAAUUGACUCACUAUUCUUCCAGUUGUGGUUGGUAAUGACUUGAAGUGAGAAUAUUUGGGAUAUUGGAAUCCAUUUGAUAACAAGGGGUGAAGUAAUGAAUUCAAUUCAACACUUUGAUUACAAUAUUCCAUUGUUUCUGUUCUUGAUACUUGUACAAUUUUUUUAUGAUCUGUGUAUUAAAAAAUUGUUGUAGAAA